UGCACAUGAUAUACUCUUUUCUAUACACUCCUUUGUAGAUUUCAACUGUAUUGCUAAGACAACUCAAAAUAAAUAUUCAACCUGUCGAACUUUCAAAAGAAUUUCCAAAUCCGCGAUGAGACAGCCAAUGACUUCAAUCCCUUACCUACACCACAUUAUCUUUUCCAAUAACACUCAUUCCAAUCUGAAUCUGAUAUUAUGGAGCUAUUAGCUAUAGUUGGUCUGUCUUUUAAAUUCCCCGAAAAUGCUAUUUCACCUAAGGCGUUCUGGAAGAUGAUGGCAGAGAAAAUGAACACAAUGACAGAGAUACCAAAAGGUAGAAUGAAUAUAGACGCAUUCUAUCAUGCAGGUAAAGCUAGAUUCGACACAGUGAGCUUAUUCCGUGAGACAGAAAGCUACUGCUAACAAUUAACAAGACAACUCACCGGGGAGCACAUUUUCUUAAGCAGGACCUAGGUACCUUUCGAUGCACCAUUUUUCUCGAUAUCACCAGCAGAAGCCGCUUCCAUGGACCCCCAACAAUGGUUGAUACAGGAGGUCUCAUAUGGCGCUCUCGAGAAUGGUAUGUACAUUCUUUAAUGGCCAAAUUUUGUUUCAAAUAUGAUCAAUCUUCAGCUAGGACACCACUAGAAUUCAUCAAUGGAUCGAAAACAGCAGUAUUUAGUGCAUCAUUCUGCGAUGACUUUCGAAUAAUGUCCUUGAAGGACCCAGAAAGAUUAUCUAAGCACGCAGCGUCUGGAAAUACAUUUUUAAUUCUCGCAAAUCGGUUUAGCUGGGAAUACAACUUGAAAGGUCCAAGUAUGCAUAUCGACACAGCUUGCUCCACAGUCUAGUAGCUUUACACCUUGCAUGCCAAAGUCUGCGGACUAAAGAAUCUUCUAUGGCUAUCGUGGGUGGAUCAAAUAUCAUUUCCUCCGUAGAACAAUUGCUUCUUCUGCCAAAUUUGAAUCUUGUGUCACCUGACUCCCGAGCAAAUGGCUACGGGAGAGGAGAGGGAUGUGGCGUUGUUUUUGUGAAACGACUGUCAGACGCUAUAGCACAUGGCUAUUCUAUUCGUGCCGUUAUUCGUGCCACUGAGACUAACCAGGAUGGAAAAACAUCCAGCCUCACGACUCCAUGUCAGGAUGCACAAGAGGCUUGAUUAGGAAUACUUAUGAAACAGCUGGUCUAGACUUUCAUAGCACUACCUUUUUCGAAGCUCAUGGAACUGGAACUGCAGUGGGAGACCCUAUUGAGGCAUCGGCAAUUGGCCAAGUUUUAGGAGAGGGUAGAUCAUCUACCAACCCCAUAUAUGUGUAAGCUCAACUGGUAUCUUAGCUUACUUCCUAGAAACUAACUCUUCCUAGUGGCGCGUUGAAAUCGAACAUUAGUCACUUAGAAGGGGAUAGUGGAAUUGCUGGCCUCAUCAAAACCAUUUUUGCUCUGGAAAAAAGUGACAUACCUCCAAAUGCCAAUUUUGAGAAGUUCAAUCCCAAAAUCGAUGCCAAAAAGUUGAAUUUAGCAGUGAGCCAAGUCACAUCUUUCUCUCGAAUCACUGUCUGAUCAUAAAUCAGUUUCCCCAAGAAUGCAUACCAUGGCCUGUAGAUGGUCUGCGAAGAGCUUCUGUCAAUUCCUUUGGGUUUGGUGGUUCUAAUGCUCAUUUUGUUCUCGACGAUGCAUAUAACUUCAUGAAUAUGCGUGGUAUUUCUGGACAACACCAGACGGCAACUUUUCGACCCAGUGUCGAUAGUGUUAUCUCGCCCACUUUGCCCGGGAUGCUAUCUCCACACAUCGGCCAAUGGGAUGAUAUAGCUUCUAUUCGAGAAUCAAGUCCGGAAAGUUCGGUAAAAUGGUAAUCUGGAAGCAGCCAAAUUAUCAUCCGGCCAGCAUCCAACACUGAUAUUCCGAAAUUGCUCGUCUGGUCUACUUCAGACAAGAAGGGAGUGGAUAGGGUGUCCAGAGAAUUUGCUGAGCAUUUUUCCGAUUUCACGGACGAAACAUCCAAGAACUCGCCCUAUAUGGCUGAUCUUGCAUAUAGACUGGCAGUUUGAAAGAGUUCAUUGAACUGGAAAUCAUUCCCAGUUUCAAGCUCAGUCUUGGCACUCCGAAACCUCAAAGAUACAAUGUCAAAACCAGUACGAUGCCGAAAAGAGCAAGGCCUUGGUUUAGUGUUCACAGGUCAAGGCGCGCAAUAUGCUAAGAUGGGUCAUGAAUUGAUGGCAUACACCAUUUUCCAUGACUCGCUGAAGAUGUUUGAAAGUCAUCUUAGCAAUAUUGGAUGCAGGUGGUCACUUUUAGAGGAGCUGCUGAAAGAUGACGAAGCCUCGAAGAUCAAUAAUCCAGAAAUGAGCCAGAUGAUAUGCACAGCGAUUCAGGUUGCCAUAGUGGAUCUCCUCCACAGUUUUGGAGUAUUUCCAGCAGCUGUUAUCGGCCACUCUUCAGGAGAAACUGCCGCUGCCUAUGCAUCGGAGGCACUUUCUAUGUUGUCAGCUUGUAAAGUGGCAUACUUUCGGGGCAAGUUGGCGGAAGGUCUUGCGCAUGACACAUCUCAACACGGUGCUAUGCUUGCCGCAGGAUUAUCAGAGACUCAGGCUAUGGCUUACACAGAGUCACUGCUAAAAGACUGUCCGGUACAUGUUGUGGUGGCAAUCCAUCAAUAGUCCUAAAAGCGUCACAAUUUCUGGUAACGAGGGGCCCAUAAACAAACUCAAGCAGAGGUUAGACACAGAAGGAGUGUUCAACCGAAAACUUAAAGUCCCCAUCUCUUAUCACUCUAGCCAUAUGAAUCAGAUUUCCGAAAGAUAAUUUGUCGAUGAUAGAUGGACAGUUCUCUGCGGAUCACUAUGAUAUCCUCUGUUACAGGAUGUGAAGUACAAUCCGACCAGCUCAAGAAAGCAUCAUACUGGGUGCGAAACAUGGUGUCUCCAGUCAGAUUUUCAGAAGCCUUGAUUAAGGCCGUUUCAUAUUCCUGCUCUUUCAAAAAUUAUAUCCACUUUGGACAACACGAAAAGCGUCAACUUUUCAAUCUCCUCGAAAUAGGGCCCCAUUCCGCUCUUCAAGGUCCCAUCAAGGACACACUUGCUACAAUAGCCAAUGGAAAAGAAGUGAGUUAUGGCUCGGUGCUGAAGCGCAAGUCAAAUGGUAUCAAUACCUUGCUAAAUGCUGUUGGAUCUUUGACCUGUCUCGGAUACCCUGUCGAUAUCAUCAAGGCCAAUAUGAUCGAUAAAAUCGUCAGCCAAAAGUCUUGGUAGAUCUACCCUCACAUCCCUUCGACCAUUCUACUCGGCAUUGGCACGACAGUGAUCUCGGAAAGAAUUAUAGACUUCGCAAACAGCCUCGUUUAGAUCUUCUGGGAACAGAAAUUUUGGGUUCAAAUGCUAAAGGCAUGAAAUGGCGAAAAAUAACCAGGAUUUCAGAGACACCAUGGAUUCAAGACCACGUAGUAAAUGAGUCAACAAUAUACCCAGCCGCUGGUAUGCUUGUGAUGGCGAUUCAAGCUGCAAUGAAAAUUGCCAGUCUGGGUAAGAGCAUAAAAGGCUACCUGAUUAAGGAUACCUCCUUCCCAGCUCCCUUGCGCGUUGCAUCUGAUGAUCUCUGGGUUGAGUCAGUUUUUCAUAUCGUUCCAUUAGAGGACAAAUUUGAAAAGACAUCCCUGUUUGUAGAGUUCUCGUUGUCUACACUGCAAAACGAACGAUGGGAGAACUGCCAUGGAAUGAUACAAGUUCAAUAUGAGUCGUCAGAAGAAAGCCUAAACCCAAAUUUGAGUUCCAAAGCCAGUAUGAUCAAAGACGCGGUUAAAGCGGGCGUUACGAGAUGCAAUCAAACCAUAGAACCGGAUCGAAUGUACAAGAAAUUUGAGGCCACGGGGUUAACAUUUGGCUCUACUCUCCAGUCCUUGAACAAAAUCUCUAUAGGGCCAAAUUUAGAAGCUUGCGCGGACGUUGAAGCAUUUCGAUGGACAGCUGUGGAUGAUUCAAACCAUCGCCAAGAUCAUAUUAUCCAUCCUAUUACAUUGGACGCUAUGCUUCAAACCAUACUAGUUUCUCUCACCCAAGGAAAUAAAAAUAAGUCACCAACAGCUGUUCCUACCCGCGUGGCGUCACUUUGGAUUUUAGGCAGCGGCCUUAACUAUCCAAAGACUGGCACUAUUCGCGUGUAUGGCAAAGUCCAUGAGGCUAUAUCCCGAGGUAAUAAUUCCACGGCGUACGCUGUCGAUCGUGAUACUGAAGAAGGUAUGGUGGCUACUUCCGGUUUGGAAACUACAUUUGUGUAUUCUGGGAGCAACAAAGACGAAAUUAUCAACAAGCAGAAGCUUUGCUACCAAAUUGACUGGAAGCCUAAUAUCGAUUUUUUAGACCAACCCAUGGCUAGAGAAUACUGCCGAAAAGGUGUUUUGACCAAGGAUCUCUCGCAGUGUUAUGAAGACAUGUCUCUAUCGUUAACUCAUUUCAGUCUUGAAACUCAAGCAAAGGUGGAUUCGACAGAAUUGGACGGCACAAGACCACAUUAUCAAAGGUAUAUUCAAUGGAUAAAUGGAUAUACUGCGAGCUUAGGUUCCAACAGACCAGCAAUACGAUCUAAAAAGUCCCACGGGUCCCGCUGAGAUUGAAGCAAUUGAUAUGAUCAUGAACAGUUUGGAAAAUGUGAAUGCCGAAGGGAAAAUGUUCGUUGAGCCUGGAAGGAAUAUCGUCAAUAUCCUCAAAGGAAAUAUUGACCCCCUAGAUAUCCUCUCCCAGACGGAUCUAGCAUCAAGAUAUUCUCAAGAAGUAAACAUCAAAGUCAAGACAACGCUAGCUUGUGUAGUCGAAUUAAUACCUUACAAAAGUCCUGGGCUAAAAGUCAUCGAGAUUGGCGCAGGCACGGAUCUAUCACCGAUCAUAUUCAGAGAUCUGCCGUUAUCAGAGGAGCAGACAAGCAAACUACAAGUGCAAUCUCGGAGUACGAUUUCACAGACAUUUUCCCCAUCAUUUUUGGAAGCUGCUAGGCAGAAGUUCGAAAAUGAAGACCCUAAGUUUCAACUUUUGCUCUUGGAUGCUUCAAUCGACCCAGGAGGACAGGGAUGCGAGGUAGGAGGACAUGAUCUCGUCAUAGCUGCUUAUGUGCUCCAUGCCACUGAGAAAUUUGAUAAUACGGUUCGCAAUGCACGCAAGUUGCUCAAGAAAAGUGGAAAAUGUGUUAAUCGAGAUCACCGGGAACUCUUGGGCUCCUCAAUUCGUUUUUGGCACAUUGCCAGGAUGGUAGCUUAACACAGACGAGUACCGCUCUUCGAGUCUUGAAUUUCUAGUGACGAGUGGGACAAGGUCCUACGUCGCAACGAUUUUUCAGGAACAGAUUUAGCCGUCAAUGACUGCGAUGAGCCUCAAAGCCAGGUAUGCAGUGUUAUCGUUUCUACAGCCAUUGAGGACAUUACUACAUCAAUGUUGCCAGAGGCUGUGACUAUUGCAGAAAACGGACAGGCCAAUACAGCUAUUUCCAAAGAGUUGAUGAACAAGCUUGGCUCUUAAGGAUAUGGAACGAUUCGAGUUUUCCAACUAUCCGAGCUGUCAAAUCAUGAUUUAACCAACAAAUUUUGCAUUUGUUUGGCUGAGCUCGAGUCGUCAUUGAUAGGAUCCCUGGACGAAUCAGACUUUUAUGGUGUGCGUUCCUUACUUGCGACUUGCAGUGGCAUACUGUGGGCAAAGGAAGAUCGCCAUAGUGACUCGGAAGCGAAAUUCAACAUGAUUAAUAGACCUGCUCGUGUUCUCAGAACGGAGUACAGCGACCAAAAAUUCGUCACCCUCACAUUUGAAAAUAAAGCCAGUCCAGGAACCAUCACAAGGAACAUCCGAGUAUUUGAGAAGGUUGUAUCAACAGAGGUCUGUAAUUUGGAUCAGGAGUAUCGCGAAAAUGCCAAUCAAAUAGUCAUCAACAGAGCCAUCGCAGCUGACUAUUUAAAUGCCCAUGUUCAAAAGACCUCGAAACAGCAGCAUACAGUGUUGCAAACUAUAGGAAAGUCCCCGCCACUUCGACUUGAUAUAGGCACCGCAUUGCAAUUCUCAAUUUUGAUCGAAGACGAGAAGGAAACACAAAUCGGAUUUCAAGAAGUAGAAAUUCAGGUCAAAGCAAUUGUAUUGGACCCAUACAAUUGUCAGCAGCAGUGAAUAUGGGCUCUAAGUAGCUUCAUUGCGGGUUAUGCGAGUGUUGUGACGAAUUCGGGAGAAGAAUCCGACCUCCGAAUCCGUGAUAGCUGGAGGUUUCGGAGGUCUUGCAAGAAGCCUAGCUCGUUGGCUGGCUAGUAGGGAAGCUAAUAAUUUACUUCUACUCUCCACUCCGGUCCCCCGAUUGGGCUAGCUCAAGAACUGCUUAAAGACUUGUAAAGUUAAGGAGUUCGCGUCGACUGCCUUUGAACAAAUGAGUUACGAUCAAUGGUGCACAACAAUAAAGCCUCGGGUCCAGGGCUCCCGGAAUCUUCAUUCGCUGUUACCAAAAGGGAUGGAAUUCUUCCUUUUACACUCUUCAAUAACUGGAGUUGUAGGAACUGGAGGACAAGCCAACUAUGCAGCAGGGAAUACCUUUAUGGAUGCGCUUGCCCGCGCUCGACUCGCAGCAGGUGAAAAGGCAGUGUCCCUAGACCUUGGGUAGAUCGAAUCUGUGGGAACAGUGGCUGAAAAUAAAAAUGUUGAGAAAGGGCUUGACUCAGCCUGCUUCUUGAUCCCAAUCUCACAAGUCAGUGUAUGCGUAAUACCCGAUUACUACUGUAACCCCGCUCGGGAUAUCAACGAACUGAAUUGCUAAACUGUUGUCGGUGUUGCCACUCCUGGAUAUGGCAAAAUGAAAGGUAAAGGCUUUCCUCAGAUCUUAAAAAGAUCAUUGUGGAGAGCACUGACAAUCGGAUCGCAAGAUAGUAGCACUUCUGGCCUGGCUGCUGCGAAUAAGCAAUUGGACUAUGCGGAGCUCCUAUCUAAAGCUAAGAGCCUGCCCGAAGCCGUCAAAAUUGUUGAAGCAGGAUUGCUGAACAAGCUAUCGGGUGCUCUGGGUAUUCCUGUGUAUAGUAUUGAUACAAGGAGACCGAUCCAUGUUUAUGGAGUUGAUUCGCUUCUGGUGGUCAGUUUAAGGGGUUGGUUUAAAAAGGAAUUCCGUCCCAACAUUUCUGUCUUCGAUAUUAUAGGCAAUUCUAGUUUGGACGCGGUAAGGGGUAUGGUUGCAAGUAAAAGUCAAUGGUUUCGUGGGCCAGUCGAUGGGGUGACCAUGUAAACUAACUUAUUUUUCGUGUUUUUGUAUCAAUAUCUGAUAUAUUUUAGACCGACGGUGCAAUGUGUGUCAAAUAUUAUACUUGAAUGAGACUGUCAUAGCAAUUUCCGGGAAGAAAAAAGU